ACUUUGUCAAAAACGGCUGGCAGUGAAAGGGUUAACAAGUAUUAAACAACCUGAUAAGAAUGGACUGAAGAGGUUAUUUUUAGUUUCUGAGGCUACAGUAUCAAUGCAUGUAGGAGUGUGUAAUCAUGCUGAUAUUGCAAGCUUCAGGAAGAAAAGCAUUUUUAAAUCUAGUGGUGUAAGUACUCUGUGCUAGGCCCCCUGCAAAACAAAAAUCGUUAGAAGGGCACAGCACAGAGUAGCAAACGUACCCUUCCCGACCACGUGUCAUCCCUACACGUCAUCCCUACACUAUGACGCAUUCCCUGCCCCCUCCUGCACUUGUCUGUCAAUUCUUGCCCCCGCCUGAUUCCUACCUAGAAGGCGCUGCUGUGCCUAUUGACGCAGGGGAACCCUGGAGCUACUGCCACCUCCUGACAAGGCAUUAGCUUCAGGAUUCUUCAGUGCUCUGAACCAAUAGGCACAGCACAACUGCAUCAAGAGAAUCGCUGUUUGCGCACUGUGGGAAACAAAUAUGGCGGUGCACUUUGCACACUGCAUCUAGGUAAGUGAAUGCACCCUUCAAAUAAAGUCAUUCUGUGCUGUUUUAAAAAAAAAGCUGAUAAAUGGCUUUAUCGUGUCAAAUUAAAUUUUAUAUUGUGAUUUUUCAAGGACAAGCUAAAAACAUAGAAUUGCCACUGUAAAUGUAUCACAGUUGGCAGCUUGGUAAGUGUCCUUGAUAUCAUGGCACUGCUUUCCACCAUAUCACAGUGACAGGGAACGGUAAACAACACUUUACUCAUUGUUCAGUUCCUAUCAGUAACCAGCUCCCUCAUUCAGAUAAUUCCAGCUCCUUUAGAUACUGUGGGCUAAACCACGCCUUGCUCAGUUGUGAAUGAAAACAGUCUAGUAGGAAUAAAGUUCAAGGGAAUUUUAGCACACGCAGUCACAUUACUGUUCAACUUGCUGAGUAUAUAAAAGAUCCAAUCACCUACUAGUUUGGCAGAACUACUGCUUUUCUUUAUGUGUGAGGCACUGUAUAUCGGCUCAUGUGUUUAUCCCCCAGUGUAUGCAACACGGAAAUGGCUUGCAUAUCUGAAAAGUUAGGAAAAUGUCACUGUAACAGAGAUCCAGUUAACAGUAUUCUUUUUCAGAUGCUUAACAAAGGGAUUCAUUCAGAGACUAAGAGCCCAAAUGACAACCGCAGUCACAUCUGCUCCUUGGCUAGAGAAUGCCCUUGUGAAGGCAACAGAAGAGUGUCUCUGAAGAACCCUGAGGUGACUUGCAAGACAGCAUCAGAAGUACUACUAAAAACUGUGGCAUUCAUUAGAAAUGUACCAUCCUUCUAUCAGCUGCCCCAGGAGGAUCAGAUUCUUCUUGUACAGAACUGCUGGGCUCCACUUUUUGUUUUAGGUCUUGCCCAGGAAAGGGUGAAUUUUGAACUACAAGAACAUUCUGUUCCCAGUUUAUUAAAGAAAAUUCUUCUAAAUCAGUAUGCGAAUGUCAGUGACAUUGCACUGAGAUCUGAUAGAGGAGUUCCAGCAAUAGAAGUUCAAAGAAUUCAGCGGUUUCUAUACAAACUCUGGAACUUAGACAUCAGCACAAAGGAAUAUGCUUACCUCAAAGGGAUGCUUCUGUUCAACCCAGAUAUCAGUGGCAUGACAUUCCCUCACUAUGUUCACACUCUGCAGCUGGAAGCCCAGCAUACACUAAUGGAAUUUAUCUCAAUGAUGCACAGUCAGAGCCUUGCUCGCUUCAACUGGAUGCUUCAAGCACUUGACACUGUAAAAGAAGUUAACCCCUUAGUGAUCACAAAACUUUUUUUCAGUCCCAUCUCUGGUGAGAUAAAUGUGGAAGAACUUUUGCUGGAAACAUUAUUUGUAAAAUAAAAAACCUACUAUUGUGACAUGUAUAAAUGUCUCCAGAACUGCAACAGCAAGUUAUGGAAACCAUAAUAACUUAUAGCUAAUAUCAUUUGAAAAAGAAUGCUGUGGUGAAAGCUUCCCUUAAUGCCAAUAAAGAGUUUACAUACAGUGGAUCAGCCUUUCCGGAAUGAUACUGUGACAUUACUCAAUGAGUUAAUGAAAUGACACUUACAUAGGAAGAAAUGCUUUCUGCAACGUGACCACAGUUAUACUCCUUAUAUUUGUUUGUCACUAUAUUAGGGAUACACCAAAUCCAGGAUUCGGUUUGGCAUUUGGCUGAGAUUCAGACUUUUUUGGCAGGAUUUGGCCAAAUCCAUAGUCCUGACUGAGCCGAAUCUGAAUCCUUAAAAUCAUGUGAAUUUUUGCCACAAACAUGGAAGUUGGGAAAAUUUUGUGCGUUUUUUCUAUGCCUUAGUGUGCAUAUGCAAAUUAGGAUUCGGUUCAGUAUUUGGCUGAAUCAUUCACAAAUGAUUCAUGGUUCGGCUGAAUCUCAAAAUAGUGGGUUUGGUUUAUCCCUACACUAUAUACAGACUACAUAAAUGAAAAUUAUAACUAAAGUACAUGUUGCUUCUAUGUAUUUUCAUGCAUUGCACUACAUUAUUUGAAAUCCUUGUUAUAAUGUUCUCUGGUUCCUUUAUGACUAUUCUUGUUUGUUCUACAGUAUAUACACAAUAGCUUCUCUCGUGUGAGUGGGACCACCAAUAGCUGAAAUAUACAGUUCUAUUGAGUAAAUAUGUUUUGUAACACAAAUGUGUGUCAUGUGUGACUUUUUUACAAGAGUACAAAAAGUCACACAUGACACACAUUUGUGUUACAAAACAUAUUUACUCAAUAGAACUGUAUAUUUCAGCUUUUGUUUUCUUUAAACGCCACCUAUAUACACUUUGAAUUGAGCAAAUUGUAAAACAGUUUGCAAAUGAUCAGGUGACAAUUAUUAAGUCGUUUUCCACAUCAUUUGUCACGUGGCUUAUGGCACACAACAAGUUAUAACUGGAAGAUGUUGACAUCCAUAUUGACAAUACUGAAGUUGUCUGCAAUCCCAGAUAUUUUAACUUGUGCCAAAUACACUUUAAGGUGCUGGAGAGAUAUUUUAAAGCCUUGUUUAUUGAGAAGCUUUCUUAGAUACAAACAAAAACAAGAAAACAGUGGUAUUAGUUAUUAUUCAUAAUAGGUUAAAGAUACUUGCCAUAAAGAAAAGAAAAUACAGAAAAAAUGAUACUUUUGUUUUAUUGUUCUUUGGGUGACUGAAAACAAUUUUGAUAUGAGUCAAGUCUCACUAGGUUAAAUGUAAGUGUAGCACUUAAUCUAUACACUGGUUUACUGUUGAAAUUUAAUAUUUAUUUAUUUUUUUUUGGUUGCAAAUAGUCACUUUUCUUCAGUGGAAAACAAAAUAAAUGUAUUCUUUAAAGAUA